GCCCGCGGCUCGGGGGUGCAGAGCACCCUCUCCCGGCGCUGCCUGUCAGCAGCUGCCGGACGGUUUUAUUACUUUUUUUUUUAAUUAUUUUUUUUUCUGCCUGCCAGCUGGGGCGGCUCAUCCCGUCCCGUGCCGUCCCCGAGCGGUGCCGCUCGCCGCGGGAUGCCGCGCCCCGCGCCCCGCGGCUGAGCCGGUCCCGCCGGGGCUCCAUGGGCUGCACCGGCAGCGCCCUGCGCUGCUGCCCCGCCGGUGCCGAGAGACAGCUAAAAGCCCAGCAGAAGAGAGGAUCAGCUUCCCAGGAGCUCUCGGCCUUGAAGACACAGAAUGCCAAUGCCUGCCUGCUUCCUGAGCACGGGGAGAAGGCAGCACGGCCAGAGGAGUGGGCGGACGGUGCGAGAUUCCUCCAAGGCCAGGAGGAGGAGGAGGAGCAGCGGCUGCGGGAUGCCGGCCAGGCAGGCACUGCCAGCAUCUCCCAGGACACUGAGAUCCAGGGAAAAGAGCUGGAGCUGAAGGAACAGCUUGAUGCCCUGAGGAGAGAGCACACAGAAACCCUGCAAGAGCUCCAGGGAGCACAUGAGCAGGAGAAGCUGCUGCUGACAGAGUCCCACCACAGGUCUGAGGCAGCCUUACAGGAGAAAAUUCAGGCACUGAAUUCCCAGCUGAAAUCCUUCCAGGACAGGAUGAAGCGGGUGGAGGAGUCACUCUUGAGGACAGACUACAAGAAGCACAUCCAGGAGCACGGGAGCCCCAGCCCCUUCUGGGAGCAGGAGCUGGAGAGCCUGCACUUCGUCAUCGAGAUGAAGAACGAGCACAUCCAUGGCCUGGACAAGAAGCUGCUGCACCUGGAGACUGUGGAAGAGAGGAACCUUCUGCUGGAGGAGAAGGUGAAAACUCUCCAGCAGGAGAACGAGGACCUGCAAGUUCGCACCCAGAACCACUUGGUCAUGGCGAGGCAGCUGUCCGAGGAGCUCCAGGCCGCCCGCGGGGCGCUGGAGAAGGAGGCGCAGCUGCUGGAUCGGGCUCGCCGCGAGAAGGAGGAGCUGCUGUACCGAGUGCUGCACGCCGGGGACGGCACGCCCUUCCCCGUGGCUACCGGCGAGGUGCCCCUCAUCGCCACGUAGCACCGACGGCACCGAGCGCUGCCCGGUGAGCCCAGCGCUGCUCUCACCGUGCCCCCAGCCCGGGCAGGGCUCCGGGCUGGCCGAGCCCCGGGGCGCUCACGGACCGCAGCGAUGGAGCAUGUCACGGGACAUUACUCCUGCGUUUCCCCAGCCCGUGUGGGGCUGCAGAGGGACCCUGGCCUCCCACCCACGCAGUGCCUGCACCUCACCUGGUGAGGGGGUGACUGGGGGUGAAAGGGGUCAGCCAGGACACACGGACUUGCAUCGGGCUGGAUCUGAUCCAGCACUUGGCUCUGAAUAUAAACAGCACCAAUGCUGCCCCAGGGCAUGAGAACGAUGAGGAGGCCACCAGGACAAGCACCAGGAGGAUGAGGAGGGCACUGGGGAUAUGGUGUUAACCUCACCAGGCAGGGCUCUCAUCCAUGCCCUCCUAUUGCCAUCACCUCUUCCACCUUCAGCAAAUGUCUCCCAGGCACAGCUCCUGCAGCUCAGGCAUGUCCCAGCUCACUGUCACGAAGACCCCAAGCCCUGCUUGUCCCUGCUGCCCAUCAGCAACACCACCAGUCCCAUCUUCUCCCCCAAAAUCUGGAUAGAGGCUGGAGCUGCACAUCAGGGAGCAGAGCAUCCUCCCAGGGGGUACCAGGCUUUGGUUGUCACAUCCCUCUGCUCGAGGCAGGACAUCCCCAUCUGGAAGAUGCUGCCAGCAUGGCUGUGGGUCAGGGCUGGAUGCACACAAGCACUUUUCCCUGGGUGCACAAGUGUGGUGGGAGUCACUGCUCUGGGGCUGUCACAGCCCUGUCCCCUCCCCAGGGCUGUUUAGCCAGAGCUGCACACAUGUGUGUGUGUGGGUGUGUGUGUGCACCAGCCAAGGUGCUGCUGGCUGUAACCAUUACAGAUCUGUAAGAAGCAGCAGCCUCAGGAAUCCCAUGUCAGUGGUUUGGGGGACUGGUGGAGGAGUGUCCCAGAGUGGGGCUGUGAGCUCCACACCCCAUACAGUGGGAAGAAGGGGAAGGGUGGGAGCUGGCACCACAAAGACUCCACAAGGAAACUCCAGAUGAGGCCCUUAAGGGGUACCAGAUGUUUCCUGCUCCUUCCCUCUUUUCCUUCAUUUCAAUGGGCUCCCAGCUCAGGGCAGACCCGGACCCUCCCAGCAUCAGGGCCACUGCAUCAGCCACUUCCGUCCUUUGUGCUGACCCUAAUCAGAAAUGCAGCAGCUGAACGGGCAGCCAGGAAGGCAACGUGGAUGUGGGGUCCAGCUCUGACCCACAAACCUCCAUGGGGUGGCCAGAGGGGGAAAUGGGGAGCCUGUUGUGUCAGAACCAUGUCCCACCAGGGCACCCUCUGCUCCACACAUCAUUGUGCCUCCCCAGGUGCUGCAGCACCAACGCAGGGGAGAGCCCAGCAAAUCCUGCCUGGUUAUGGCUGAAGGGAUCAGGAUUUCUGGACAAAGGGAUAUGAGGCUGGGGGGUUCUGGGAUCCUUCUCUGGACAUCUGGUACCAUGUCCCAGAGCCCCAAAGGCAGAUCCUGCGUGGGACUUGGAAGAAUGUGCCUGACUCUGGGAAAGGGGACACUGGGAACUGAGGAGGAGGAAUAAAUGAGUGCAGAAAAGGACUUGCAGACUAUGCAGGGGGGAAAGCCUGGACCAGGCAGUACCUCGGCAGUCAUGGGGGGGAUGAUAGCUCAGCUCAGGCUGGGAGCCCAGCUGAAAAUGAGGGUCAGGGCAGCACGAGAAGCCUCUCCAACUCAUUGUGAGCAGCUGAAGGAGCAGGGUGGGCAAGGGCAAGGGGCCUGUGGAAGGCUGCAGGGAAAGGUUUCAAAGGAAAAAAAAAACAAAAACACAGCCCAGUAAGAGCAGCAAAAACACGUGUGUGCUUUAUCCUC